UGUGUGUGUGUGUGUGUGUGUGUGUGUGUGGUGCCAGUAUUUGACGCAGUUGGUCACACUUAAAGGGAAAUCUCUCAGUAGUCUUGUGAUGAGCAGUGUGAAAGUACGAUUAGGUCCGAUUAUUCAGAGCACGGUUGCGUCAGCCUGAAAACCCGUGGAUUAGUGAGGAACCUUGUCUUGUGCCACCCGUGAACUAAAAUAUGCCCUGAAGAAGGAAGUAAUGUGGAAGCAUCUUGCAGCACUGGCAGAAGAAGUUCUCCAGGCAUAAUUUUAGACUUGAAGUGUGUGAGUGUGUGUGUGUGUGUGUGUGUGUGUGUGAGAGCGAGUAUGUGUUUAUUUUUCUCCAAAAGAGGAACUGGGGAAGCCUACCAAAGUGACAUGAGCUUUCAGUAAGACAGUCUGAGCGUGCAGAGCAUUGGAGAGCGGAGCAGGAUGCUGGGGCGUGAGGGUGGUGGGCUGAGGGUGUGCUACUGGCUUACACUGGUCACAGGCUUGGUGGAGUGUUUAUGCUUCGCUGGGGCCGUGUUCGGAUGGGCCUCGCUGGUCUUUGUGCUCAAGAGCGACGGCUACUUCAGCUACCUGUGUGUGAACAGGACAGUCAAUGGGACCAUCACAGAAGAUUGCAGUGCACAAGAUGAGCAGCUCUCCAUCAUCUUCACUGUCGCCUCCUUCAUGAACAACUUCUUCACGCUACCAAACGGCUUCCUGUUUGACCACUGUGGUACCAGGGUAACCAGACUUGUGGGAAUAUCUAUCUACACUACUGGGACCUUGCUGAUAGCCUUCUCAAGUGCUGCACUCUCAGUCCUCCUCUACCCCGCUCUCUCCUUCAUUGCUGUCGGAGGGAUACUCUUCUUAGUCACUAACAUGCAGGUGGGGAAUCUCUUUGGAGCCCAUCGUUCCACCAUCAUCACCCUGUAUAAUGGAGCCUUUGACUCUUCUUCUGCUGUCUUCCUUGUUGUCAAGCUUCUGUUUCAAGAUGGAGUGUCUCUACGUGCCUCCCUCAUCUUCCUGUCCAGCUGCAGUGUGGUCCAUCUGAUCCGCACCUUCCUGUUGAUGCCUCGCUCACACAUACCCUACCCUCUUCCUGAGAACUACAACUAUGGGCUGAAAUGUGGAAAUGCACGGAAGUCUCGCUCUCGAGAAAAUGGAGCUGGUAGCAGCAACAUUCAGACUUCCCAGGUUACCGAGACGACGCCAUUUCAUGCACAGAAUUCCAGCCAAGCCCCCAAGACUGAGACAGCAGAGCGAAGCUUCAAGAGCUGCAUCCUCUCCUGGUUCUUCUUGUGGCACCUGCUGUGGUUGUCAGUCAUGCAGCUGAGGCAUUACCUGUUCAUCGGGACCCUCAACCCUAUGCUCAACCGCCUCACAGCUGGAGACCCUGGCCUUGUGAGCACUUACACAAACGCGUUCGCCAUCACCCAGCUGUGUGGGAUACUGUGUGCCCCCUGGAACGGACUAAUCAUGGACCGCCACAAAAGAAAACCAAGAGAAGCAGGCCAGAGUGAGACUGAGGCAGACCUGAAGGCAGCCGUACUGUCUCUGUUUGUGACAGUGCUGCAGUGUGUGUUGUUCUCCCUGUGUGCUGCCAUUCCUCUCCUACCCCUGCAGUACCUCACCUUCAUCCUGCAAGUCCUCAACAGGUCCUUCCUCUACGGAGGCAAUGCCGCCUUCAUCAGCAUGGCAUUCCCUCCUGCACAUUUUGGGAAAUUGUAUGGAACAGUGAUGGCUCUCUCAGCUGUGGUGUCACUCCUGCAGUAUCCCUGCUUCGCUCUCAUCAAUGGACCUCUGGGUGGAAACCCCUUUGCUGUAAACGUUGCUCUGACCAUCCUGAGCUGCCUGGCCUUUAUCCACCCCCUCUUCGUUUACCUGCACUGCCGGCGUCAAGCAGUGGAACGGAACAAGGCCAACAACCCUACCUCCUCUUAGGACCACCUCAACAAGGGAAUGCUAUUUUAACCUCCAGUAUUGCUUGCUUUCCAGUAAAUCACAAAAUAAAUGUUAAACCAUUCCAGUCGGCAUUCAUAUAGAAAGUAGCAUUAGUGUCUUAUAAUUGGUUUCAUUUGUUACCUACAGUACUGACUGAAUAUGAACAAUGAUUAAGCUAUUUUUGUAUGUUUAUUCGUACCUGAUUUGCUUUGCACAAAUGAGAAUGUAUGUUCCUUGCAAAACCAAUUUUUUUACAAUGUGAAUUUUUUCAUUCUGUUAGAACAGGGGUGCCCAGUCGUGGUCCUGGAGAUCUACCACCCUGCAGACUUUAGCCCCAACCCUAAUCUAACACACCUGAUCCAGGUAAUCAAGGCCUUCAGAGGCAUUUGAAUGUGUGAGACAGGUGUGUUGGAUCUGAACUCUCCAGGGUGGUAGAUCUCCAGGACCAGGACUGAGCUCCCCUGGUUUAGAGCGGUGGUUCUCAAAUCAAUCCUCGAGACCCUCGGGGGGUCCACAUUUUUGCUCCAACCUAGCUUCCAAAUACAUAUCAACAGAGCAAAAAUGUGGAUCACCCAAGGGUCCCUGAGGAACCGGUUUCGAGACCACUGUGUUUGAGGGCAUACAGCAGUCCAAUCUUAUCCAGUUUUCAUUCUGACCAACUUUCUGAUCAGCUGUUCAGAGACUGUGACCAACUGAUUUAACAAGAGGAUUUAAGUGCUCAUUUGGGAUUAAAACCUGGCCACACCAGCCUCUUGCGGAUAAGAUUCGACAGCACUGGCAUAGGGCAUAACGUUAAGCCCCUACCCCACACACUCCACCUCUCAGCCACUGCUGAACAUCUAAGGCCAGUUAGCCAACACACAGGCUACGACCGUGGUCACAAACCCUGGUCUUGGAGAUCUACCAUCCUGCAGAGUCUAGUUCUAACCACAAUCUGCAACACCUGCUCCAGCUAAUUAACUGGCAUGUUCACUGCAGUUUGGAACUAAAGUUCCCAGGACAGUAGACCAGGGUUGAUGGCCACUGGGCUAAGCCGAGUGCAGGACUUAAAAGGGACCAGAGCAGCUGUUAAAUUCAGCCCAUAAGUUGAUCUGUGUUGACGCAGGUAGCAGAGGUUCCCAAAGUCAGUCCUGGGCCCUGAUACUGUACAUACUGUUUGUUUUCCCUGCCCUAGGGCCUAGGCUCUGGGUUAAAGCAGUGGUUCUCAAACCAGUCCUCAGGGACCCUCAAGAAGGUCCAUAUUUUUGCAACAACCUAAACUGCAACACAUAAGGAUAGAGAAAAAAUGUCAACAAGCUGGAGGUCCCAGAGGUCUGGUGUAAGAACCACUGGGUCCUAACCAAUACAAUGGCUACUAAACAGUGUGCCGUAUAGUGUAUUCUGGGAUAUGUAUUAUAAAGUAAUAUAUUGCUGUUGUCAAAAGAAACCUUGUAUCUCUGAAAAUGAAAACUUUACAGGAGAAGGAAAAAAACUACUUUACGUUUAAUGUAAGUCAAUGGAACCAGACUUUUUUCCAAGUCAUUCUGGGCCGUUUCUUUUGGUCCAUUCAUCAUGAAAUUUAUACACAAUAUAAAGGCCAACAUGUAUUUUCAAAUUAUGUCAAAAACUGAAAAACAACAAAAAUGGAGAUACGAGGUUUUCUUCCGACAACAGCGGUAUGAACAAUAUAAACAUAGUUUGCACACACCCAUUGAAGUGUUCUUCAUAAAUGUAUACAGUGUAGAAAGUGCAAGCUUUCUCCCAUGUAACUGGCAUGUAGCAACAUGAGUGUGCUGCCCUCUGCAGGGCACAAGCGGCCUUACAUUCCAAACACUGUGAUGCUUUUCAGUAUUAUUUUAAAAAUAUAUAUGAAUAAAAAUAUUAUUCAUAAAAUUUGAA